AACUUGAAAGUAACGUAAAUGUUUAGAAUGAAAAUGUUUUUUGCCCGACUUUAAAUUUUUUUUCAAAGUUUAUAUAUUUGUGAACCAAAUUUUGUUCCAUCGCUGCAAUCAAAGUUUUUACAUUAAAUUUGAAUAUAGAGAAACUUCACUAUGAAGAUAUUUUCUGCGGGUUUUAUCAUAGGCGUUUCAUUAUUCGUGUCGAUGUUGCAAGUUCAAGCCAAUGAUCUGAGCCGCGGCAAAAACUCCGAUACAGGACUAAUGUUGGAUCCACAGCACUUGGGUAAUCUAUUAAGCACAGUGACAACAUUACCUUUCGUCGGGGCAUUAUUUCGUUCGUCGUUGGACAAUAUCGCGGAGACUCUCAUGUCUCUCGAUGACUUGACCGACGGCAUGCUGAAAAAAAUUCUUAACGGCUCGUUACCGUGCGAGCUGAGUUUGAAUCACGGCCUGCGCUGCCGAGGUGCCUCGAAAAAAGGAGGUCUCGACGGUAUGCUUCGAAGCGCUUUGGAUGCCAUACCGUCCUCGAUUUUGCCUGAAUUCGCCAAAAUGCUCGUACUGAGCUCGUUCAGAGUUACUUUUCUGCCAAUGAUCAAUCAGAUCUUAAGCGGACCGAGUAAACCGUUGACGGGCAUGAAGUAAAAAUCAGACUUCACAGGAGGAGAAAAAGACGAAGGACAAAAAAAAUAUGAUGUAAUAAUCUAACGAUGUGAUGGUGAAACGUAAUUACCGAGACUGUAAUUGUUGAAUAAAGACAUUAUUUUAUUUAUUGCGUUUGUA